AUGGCUAUCCGUCACUGCUUCGACAAAGAUGUUAACCAGGUGCUGUUUGAAGGAAAUUCAUGUGUGAAGAAGUUGAUAUUGAACAGACCAGAGAAGUUAAACAGCCUCAGCUAUCACAUGGUCUAUAAAAUGAUCAAGGAGUUAAAAGCAUAUGAGGCUGAUCCUAAAGUCAAAGUUGUGAUAUUGAAGGGAAAUGGGAAGGCAUUUUGUGCUGGUGGUGAUAUUUUGGCAGCAUAUACUUGUAUGGUUGCAGCAAUUGGAUACUUGAAGGUUGCAAUUAUUGACGGAAUUGUGAUGGGUGGUGGUGCUGGUCUAUCCAUGCAGGGAACUUUCAAGAUUGUCACUGAAAAUACUGUGUUCGCUAUGCCAGAAGCAGCAAUAGGACAUUUUACUGAUGUUGGGGCAUCAUAUUUCCUUUCCAGGCUCCCUGGAAGUUUUGGUGAAUUUUUGGGAGUUACUGGAGCUAAGAUUAAAGGAGAAGAAAUGAUUGAAUGUGGCCUUGCAACUCAUUUUAUCCUCUCAAAGGACCUCCAUUUGUUGGAAACUGCGCUAGAUGAAGUAACUUCUUCUGAUACAAAAACAAUUUCUCAGAUCAUCAGCAAAUUUAUGCACAAACCAAAUGUGAAACAGCAUGGUGUUUUUAGCAGAUUGGAGAUCGUGAACAAAUGUUUCUCGAGAACCACAGUUGAAGAAAUACUAUCAUCACUGGAGAGUGAGGCAGAAAACAGAGCAGAAAAGUGGAUUGUUGAGGCAAUCAACAGGAUGAAGUCAGCCUGUCCGACGAGCCUCAAAAUUUCCCUCAGAUCGAUUAGAGAGGGCCGCAGGCAAGGACUUGAGCAGUGCCUCGUCCGUGAAUGUAGUAUUUUUUGCCACAUUGGGAGAAGAACAGUUAGCGAUGAUUUUUAUGAGGGAAUAAGGGCCAUGUUAGCGGACAAAGACAGGAAACCCAAGUGGGAGCCUGCAAAAUUAGAGCUUGUGACUGAUGAAAUGGUGCAUCGAUAUUUCUCCAGAGUUGAUGAAGACGACUGGGAACCCCUUAAACUUCCUGCCAGAUCAUCUAACUUAGUUGAUACUAUGAAGCCGAAACUUUGA